AUGCCUCCGAGUAACUACAGAAGGCCAAACGCCGCGCCAGUCUCCCCACACGAACAUCACGAUCCCGCAGCAUCGCCACCCAGUGCCUCCGCCGUGCUCAUGGCAACAGACGCAGACGUCGCCGCCGCGUCCCCCUACGGGGAUGACCCGCAGAAGGCAGCGGCAGCAGCCAUGGCCAUGACCUCUCCGUGCCCACUCCUCCCUGGCGCGAAGGCAGCGGCAGCCGCCACGCCGUCAGUCUUCUGCUUUCACUCCAUCUGCUACUCCGUGAAUCUAGGCCGGAAGAAGUCGCUUAUCCGCCGCUGCAUCGAGCCGUGCGUCGGGCUCGCCGCGAAGCGCAAGUCCACGCAAUUCACCUCCAUCAGCGAUGACGAGGCGAAGGCCUCCGCGCCGCCCAAGAUCCGCGUCAUCCUGAACGAAAUUUCCGGAUUUGCUCGGUCGGGAGAGGUUCUAGCGAUCAUGGGGUCGAGCGGGUGUGGAAAGACGACGCUAUUGGACGUUUUGUCGCACCGGAUCGCUUCUGCGGCUGCUUCGGCGGGGCCGCUGGCAGGGGGCCGGACGGGGUACAUUGAGUUGGGCGACAAGCCGACGACGGACGACCUUAUGCGACGCAUUUCGGCAUACGUGAUGCAGGACGACCUCAUGUACGCGACGCUGACGGCGCGCGAGACGCUCAUGUUCUCGGCGGAGAUGAACCUGCCGCGAAGUUUCUCGUACAAGGAGAAGCAGGAGCGCGUGGAGCGGCUGCUGGAGCUGCUUAGCCUGCAGCACGCGGCGAACACACUCAUCGGGAACGAGAACCUCAGAGGCGUGUCCGGCGGCGAGCGCAAGCGCGUGGCGAUCGGCGCGCACAUCGUGCACGACCCGAAGAUCCUCUUUCUGGACGAGCCGACCUCGGGAUUGGAUUCCUCCAACGCGUACCGCGUGGUGAAGAUUCUCAAGGACAUCGCGCUCACAUCGGAGAGCAUCGUGAUCAUGGUGAUUCACCAGCCGUCGUUCCGCGUGCUGGAGCAGAUCGACCAGCUGCUCAUGCUCUCCACGGGCAACAUGAUCUUCUUUGGCCCGCCGCCGCACCUCCCGGCGUUCUUCGACGCGUUCGGGACUCCUGUGCCGAAGUUCGCGAACCCGACGGAAUUCGCGCUGGAGCUGCUGGAGCAGCUGAAGAGCACGUCGGAGGCGGCGCUCAUGGAGCUCGUCGCGUUCGCCGCCGACUGGCAUCGCAGCCGCGACCACAUGGCGCACGCCAAGACCGGCCGACACGCCAAGCCCGCGCUGCUCGCCGCGCCCGGCGGCGGCGGCGACGGCGAGGAGACUGAUAGCGGCGGCGGAGGCGGUGCGGGUGCGCAUGGGAGGAAGGGCGCGGACGGCAAGAAGAAGUUCUGCGGGCUGGCGGGAAAGCUGGGGAAGAAGGGGGGGAAGAAGGGGGAGGAGGAUGAGGAGGAGGAGGUGGUGGAGUCGGGGCACAAGGGGACGCACCGGUAUGCCAACUCGUGGUUCCGCGAGUUCUACAUUCUGUUCGUGCGGUCAGGGCUGAUGAUUAUCCGCAACCCGCUGCUCUACUUCCUGCGCCUCAUGCUGCUCACCGUCGCUGGAUUUCUCCUCGCCUCGCUCUUCUACAAGCCCAGUCAUGAUCCGCAGGGCAUGUUGGAGCGGCUGGCGUACCUGUCGUUCAUCGUCGCCAUGCUCUUCUUCUGCUCCGCUGACGCCACGCCCAUCUUCAUCAUGGAGCGCAACAUAUUCAUCCGCGAGACGUCGCACAACACGUACCGCGCGUCGACGUACGUGGCGGCGACGAUGGCGGUGUACAUUCCGCUGCAGGCGCUCAUGGCCAUGACGCUCACGCUCGAGUCCUGGUGGACCGUCGGGUUGUCGGGCGGCUUCCCGGGCGCGCUGUUUUUCGCCACCAUCUGCUUCCUCUGUCUCUUUACGGGCAACGCCAUCGCCACCUUCGCCAGUUCGUUCUUUAAGAACAUGAUCCUGGCGUACGCGACGGUGAUAUCGACGAUGGCGUAUUUCACGCUGGUGUCGGGGUUCUACAUCCACCGCACGUCCAUCCCCAAGUUCUGGAUCUGGCUGCACUACAUCUCGCCCAUGAAAUACGCCUUCGAGGCGCUCGUGCAGAACGAGUUCGUCAGGGAUUCGGGGCCGUGCUACCUGACGCUGAACGGGGCGUUUGACAUCCAGCCCAUCAGCACGUACGUGAACACGACGCGGCUGAAGCCGGCGCUCAUGUCGUUCCUGCCCAACGUGGUGACGCCGGGUGUGGGCCCGCUCACGUCGCAGUCGUGCAUCAUGACGGGCACGUUUAUUAGCCGCAAGUACCUGGAUAUUGUGGAGCUGACCAAGUACCAGAGCAUGGCUGUGCUGUUCUCCAUGGCGAUUUCGGUUAGCUGCGCCACCAUUUACCAGCUGCUGGGGGGAAUCGGCGCGGGCUGCCCGAAACUGGAAACGCUGAAGCUCGUGUCGGUGCGCGACCCGCGGUUUCAGAUCAACGCCGCGGCUUGGAGGAAGCUCGCGCGGCAGUGCCCCCGCAUAACGUCACUCGAGCUCGACUCCCCACUCGACCGACGCAUCGAUCCUUGUGAGCUGCACGCGCUCUCUCGCUCCUUCCACACGCUCACCCACCUGGCUCUCCACGACUGUCCCUUGGUCUCCAGUCAUUCCCUCGCCGCCUUGACUGACACCAACCCGGCUCUCUCCUCCCUCUCCCUCCACUCCACCUCCUACCCUCUCUUCGCCGCCCAAGGCCUCCGCCAAGUGCUCCGCGCGUCCCCCUCCCGCCUGCACACGCUCACUCUCUCCGGGCUGCCCGCGUUCCGCCCCGGCACGCUUGCACGCUGCAGCGGUCUGAAGCGUCUCACGCUGAGAGGGAGGGGGGAGGCGAAGGAGAGUGUAUCGCCGUCUGAGUCGCCGCAGGAGCCGUCUUUGGAGGGCCUUGUGGCCUUGCUGGUGCACGUGGAAGAAAGGGGAGACGGUGGAGGAGGAGUGGAGCAGCGGGGGUGCUUCGAAGGAACAAAGGGAGGGGUCGAUGCAGUGGAGAGACGGGAAGGGAAGAAGCGCGGGGAAGGAGGAACACCUGCGUCCGGUUCAGCAGCAGCAACAGCAGCAGAAACAACAGAAGAAGCAACAGCAGCAGCAGGAGCUGCAGCAGAAAGCACAGCAGAAGCAGCCACGCCAGUACCGACCCACGCUGGGACGAGGGGCAAUAGGGACCGACGGUACUACCAGGAUAUCCGCACAGAAGCAGCAGCAGCGUGUGCUGACACGGCCGCAGUAAUUGACGAUUCAAGGGCCCUGCUGCAGACGACCGCCAGGCAGAAGCUCCUGAAAGCGAUUUCGGAAGCGCGGCAGACUCCGCGCAUGCACGGGGAAUCCGCCCUCGUGAAUAUCCGCCGCGCGGUGAUUCUGGUGCGAGCGGCCAUGUCGUUCUGCCGGUGCGUGCGGCUGGCUGUGGUCCACGUGGACGGCCGCAUGGCACGCGAGGCAGCGCUGAAAAACGCCGGUUCUGCUGCCGAGUCUGCAGGGUUCUUCACCUCAGCAGCGGAUUAUGAGACAGAGGAGCGCGAACGGGAGAGGCAGGGGCGGGAGGGAGGAGGAGGAGGGAGGGAGGUGGAGGAGCUGGUGGGAUUCGUCCCUGAGAGUGACCUGCCGGCUGAUCUGGUGGAAAUAAGCGAGACGCUGCUGGGGGAGCAGACGGCGUUUGUGGCGGUGUCGAGAGAAGAUGCGCGCAGGCUGCUGCAUGUGCUGAGGGACCAGCUGGAUGCGCACAUGGAGUCGUUCAUCGAUGCCUUUGAGGGCGCGACGCCCAUAGCAGUGAUUUGGGGGGCUGCUGCACCUGGGGCGCCCAUCGCAGUGCCGCCACCAGUGCCUGGGGCAGCGGCCCCAGUGGCAGCGGCAGCGGCACAUGGGGCAGCAGGGGCAGCAGCACAUGUGGCGGUGGUAGAUGGAGCGGCAGCACAUCGGGCGGCAGCAGAUGGGGCGGCAGCAGAUGGGGCGGCAGCAGAUGGGGUGGCAGCAGAUGGGGCGGCAGCAGAUGGGGCGGCAGCAGAUGGGGUGGCCGCAGAAGGGGCAGCAGCGCAGGAGCUAACAAGCGCAGAAGCAGCAGGAGGGCCAGUGGGAGAUGGUGCGAGCACCGAAGGAGCAGCGCAGCAGCUUCAAGAGGCAGAGUCGGGAGGAGGACAACACACAGCUGACGAGCAGACGAGAGAAGACAAGCAGCUGGGCAGCAGAAGCCCAACGCACACACCCUUGAAGGGGCGCACAACACCAAACAAGAGCAUAGGUCUGAGUAGCGAGAAACAGACCUUCGAAUCCCUGGCACGAGCUGCUGUGUUUGGAAGGCUCAAGAGCUUUGCGCUCUUGAACUGCCGUGGGCUGGGGGAGGGGCAGCUGGUGAGGCUGCUCCGUGCAUGUGGCAUGCUGGAGGAUCUAAGGGUGGAAGGCAGUGAUGCGUUCUAA